UCGGGCGGCCCGGCCGCCCCCCCGGCCCCGGAGAGAGGCCGCCCCGGGCCCCCGCCGCCCUGCGGGCGAGGCUGUCGGGCGCCGCCGCCACCGCCGCGGCCCCGGCGCCGGCAGGGGCGGCGAUGGCGUCGCCGUCGAGCGCGGGGCGCGCCCCGACGGAGCGGCCCACCGUGCCGGUGCGGUGCGGCGCGGCGCAGACCCCCCGCUCCCUCCGCCUCGCUCCGAGGGGGCGGAGGGCAGGGCAGGGCGGGGGCUGGCCGGCUGCUGCCCCACGCGGCGCCCGGGCUGGCGGCGCCCCCGGCGCGCUCCCCGCGCACUCCGUGCCCCUCUGUCAUGCUCGCCGCCUGGGAGCGGGCGGCGGGCUCCUGUGCCGGCAGCCGCGCCGCCGAGCCCGCGCCGCCGGCGCUGCCCUCUUCGCCCACCGCCGACCCCCGUCCCCGCGGGUGGCGCGGCGGGGCGCGGCGGAGCGCGGGCGGCGCUGCCCGCCGCCGGGGACUGGCUGCCGCCGCGGCGAGCGGCGGGUGGCGGCGGGCGGCGAUGGGCACGGCGGCGGUGCACCUCCUGCUGCUGCUGGGGCUGCUGCACGCCGGGCCCGGCGGCGAGGGCAGGAAGGGCUGGCGGCGGCGAGGCCCGGCGGUCCGCGAGCGCGGCGAGGCGGCGCCGGCGGCGGCCGAGAGUUUCCCGCUGGACUUCACCGCCGUGGAGGGCAACAUGGACAGCUUCAUGGCGCAGGUCAAGAGCCUGGCGCAGUCGCUGUACCCCUGCUCGGCCCAGGCGCUGCCGCACGACCUGCGCCUGCACCUCCUGCACAACGCCUCGGUCACCUGCAACGACGGCAGCCCGGCCGGCUACUACCUGAAGGAGUCCAAAGGCAGUCGGCGCUGGCUGCUGUUCCUGGAAGGAGGGUGGUACUGCUUCAACAGGGAGAACUGCGACACCCGCUACGACACCAUGCGGCGGCUGAUGAGCUCCCGGGAGUGGCCCGCGACCCGCGUGGGAACUGGGAUCCUGUCCUCUCAGCCAGAAGAAAAUCCCCACUGGUGGAAUGCAAACAUGGUAUUCAUCCCAUAUUGCUCAAGUGAUGUUUGGAGCGGUGCCUCUUCCAAGUCUGAGAAAAAUGAAUAUGCCUUCAUGGGAGCACUGAUCAUACAGGAAGUUAUAAAGGAGCUGGUGGGAAAAGGUCUGAGCACUGCGAAAGUAUUGCUGCUAGCAGGGAGCAGUGCUGGAGGGACAGGAGUGCUCCUGAACGUGGAUCGAGUGGCAGAGCAGCUGGAGGAGAUGGGUUAUCAGGGGAUUCAGGUCCGAGGCUUGGCAGACUCUGGAUGGUUCCUGGAUAACAAACAGUACCGCAGGACCGACUGCAUCGACACCAUAACGUGUGCUCCAACAGAGGCCAUCAGGAGAGGAAUAAGAUACUGGAAUGGCGUUGUUCCUGAACGCUGUAAGCUGCAGUUUAAAGAGGGAGAGGAAUGGAAUUGCUUUUUUGGAUAUAAGAUUUACCCCACUCUUCGAUGCCCAGUCUUUGUUGUGCAGUGGCUGUUUGAUGAGGCCCAGCUUACUGUAGACAAUGUACACCUCACUGGCCAGCCUGUUCAGGAAGGGCAGUGGCUCUACAUCCAGAAUUUAGGUAGAGAGCUCAGAAACACCUUGAAGGAUGUGACUGCAAGCUUUGCUCCUGCCUGUUUGUCCCACGAGAUCAUCACACGCAAUCACUGGACUGACAUCCAGGUGAAGGGGACAUCAUUACCCCGUGCCCUGCACUGUUGGGAUCGGAGCCUCCAUGAGAGCAACAAAAAUGGGAAGGCUCCUCUGAAAGGCUGCCCCAUCCACCUGGUUGACAGCUGUCCGUGGCCUCACUGCAACCCCUCGUGCCCCACAAUCAGGGACCAGUUCACAGGGCAGGAGAUGAAUGUGAUCCAGUUCCUCAUGCACAUGGGUUUUGAUGUUCAGAAGAUGGCACAGCAGCAGGGCCUGGAGCCGAGUAAACUCCUGGGGAUGCUCAGCAGUGGAAACUAGAAAGGUCAGAGGGGCAGAGAUUAGAUCAGGAGGAGAGAGACUCUCAGCCCUUCUCCCAAACUUUCUGAUCUUCUUGCUCAUGUUCCUGCAGGCAGAUGCAUGCUCAUACCCAUGGCACACUCACACCUGUGCACUCACAUGCUCCCACACUCUUGCACGCUUAUGGUGUGUCAAGAAAAAAAAAAAAGAAAAAAAAAGGCAAGCAGCAAUUUCUUGCUUAGACUGUUUGGCUGGAACUUGUUCCCUCCCUCCAAACUCCAGGGCCAAGUUUCAGCCGGUCACAUCCUCUUCCUGUGCUACACAAGGCAAUCACAUACAGGGAGUAGCAAAGCCAUAAAUAGCAGCGAUGAGAACCUUCCCCAGAUCUGGGACAUCUUCCCUUGCCAUGAAUUUUACAUCAUAGACUUGUUACAAGUGGUGAAAAAAGCAAGCACUGGAUUUCUUCUGUCCAACUAGGAGUGAAGGAAUGGUUACGUUACUUCCUGGAGGUUAGCAUCUCAAGCUGAAUCACCGUAUACAGACCCAGGACACGUGCUAGGGAUGGACACUCUUGUACUCAAUUUAUUCAUAUUAUUUUAUAAAAUAACUUUUUAAUUACUUUUUUAAACUAAGCAAGAAAUAUAAAGGAUAUUGUAACAUAUUUUUUUUAAAUAACGAAGAAACCUCUUGCUACUUUGGCAACGUGGACAUAUUUAUUUUAAUAUGUAAAACGCUAUUUAUAAGGGCUGACCAGAGAACCAUACCUAUGUCUUUGUAAAGUUGUAUAUGCUGCUCAUUUGGAUGGGUUAUCCUGAUGGUCACUUGUGCCUGGGAGAGGGCUAAGGGUGGUGUUGAUGUUUUGUAUUAAUUAGAUUUCUGUGUUCCCCUUGCA